UCACAGACAUACUUUUGUUUAGAUAACAGGAACAUAUUAAACUUGCAGCUUCUCUUCAAUUCUAAACAGCAACAUGUCUGACUUCACUAAAGCCAGUGAAUACGAAAAGGAGUUUGAUCCUCGACUUUACUUGGAAACAUAUUUCCAUUUAGGAUCAGGAAGUUUGGCAGAUGAUUUCUUGAGGUUUACCCUAGCAAAUUUCCACAGGGUGUUUACUUCAGGUGGUGUGACAGGAAACACACUUAUCGACAUUGGCACAGGUCCAUCCAUUUACCAGCUUCUUUCGGCCCCAGAAUCGUUUACGGAGAUUAUAGUCACAUGGUACACUCAAAGAGAGCUAAAAGAGCUGCAGAAGUGGAUGAAUAAAGAUCCAGAUGCAUUCGAUUGGUUAUCUAUCGUAAAGCACGUUUGUGAUAUGGAGGGAAAUAGUGGGGACUAUGGAAAAAAAGAAGACACGCUAAGAGGAAAAAUCCAGCAGGUUUUGCAUUGUGAUGUCAGUAAAACUAACCCUCUGGAGCCUGUUGUGUUGCCCAAAGCUGACUGUCUUACUGCAGCAGUGUGUUUGGAAGCUGCAUGUAGAAGUCAGGAUUCCUAUAUAACAGCUCUGAAAAACCUCUCCAAUCUUCUCAAACCUGAGGGCCACCUACUUCUAGCAGGUGACCUUGGAGCCAAUUACUAUGAAGUGGGUGCCAACAAGGUCUUUUCCUUAGCUGUAAGUGAGACCUCCUUGAAGAAUGCCCUUAGUAAAAGUGGCUAUGCCAUCCGUGAGCUGGUGACUUUUGGGAAGCCUGAAGAUGCAACAUAUGACACAUCAGAUUACGAAGGCUUUUACUUUCUUCAUGCUCAAAAAUCAAAGGUGUAAUCACCCUAUUUUGUUUCCUUUGUAUAAAAUAGAAACCAGUAAGAACAAUUAUAUUCUAACACCACAAUGAAAAUGUGACAGCAUUUUGGAUUAUCAUAGUAGCUUGAGAUACCUUGAACCAGAAAGAUUCCAAUUUAUCAUUUUUUUGUCUCCAGAACGUUCUGGCCCCAUUAGUUAGUGAUAGUAGGUCUUCAGUCUUUUUUGUGUUUUCAUAACUACCAAUAUUUUAAAUGUCCAAAAAGGGAAGCAUUUUAGGGGGUGGAACUCAUUUCAAGGCUGAUGAUUUACACAUAGUGCUCUUCCAUAUUUUCUAUUUUCUUUUCUACCCAGUAGCUCAUUCAAAGCAAGCCUCGUAGCCUUACUAGAAAAAGUAAGGAAUCCUCAUAUAACUAUUAUGGAUGGCAUGAAUAGUAAGAGCCUAAGAGGUGGUUAGAAGAGAUAAAAGUAAAAUGAACAAAUCACGUUUCCCAAAAUCAUUUUUUCCUAUCAAUGUUGUAGUGUUUACAUAUUAAAAUAAGCUAAAUCUAUGUCUCAAAAAUUCAUUUCAUGUGCAUAACAUGGUGGCAGCCAUAUUAUGUUCCUACUCUCUGUAUAUGCAGUAUAAAGUUACUGAUUGAUGCAGAUUGGUUCAGACAGCCUUUGUAGGGGGAAGUGAGAUGAAAGGAGUGAAAAAAAAUAUUACAAAGAUUGGUGAUCCGCUUAUAUAUUUUGUAUUUCUUUGCACCUUUAAUAAAGCGUUAUUCAAAAA